AUGUACACCAGUGACGCCCUCAAAAGCACCAGGGGAAUACAUGCAGAGUUUGCUGAUGAUGCUAGUCUGCUUAACUCAGACAGUAGUUUACAAGAAGCAGUUAUGAAGACAAACAGUGAUCUAGACAGCAUAACAACUUGGUGUAAUAAGUGGAACAUGUCAAUAGCGCCAGAGAAAACAGAGGUACUUAUCUUUGGAGACAAUAUCACUGAUAUGGACAGACAACAUGCUGCUGUGAAAAUGAACAGUAUUUCACUCCCUAUUGUUAAACACAAAAAACUAUUAGGAAUCACUCUGGACGAUGAACUUAACUUCAAUAAACAUAUAUCUGAUAAGGUUGCAAGUGGAUUUAGUGCUUUGAACAGCUUAGAUAAUUUUGCCAACACUCAUGCUGGCUGCCCACAAUCAACAUUCAUGAGACUGUACAAGGCGUUAGUACUACCAGUAGUUGACUAUGGAGCUGCAGCUUUGGUUUCUGCCGGAGACAAGUUCAGCCAAAAUAUGGAAAAGAUCCAAAGAAGUGAAAUGUUAAAAGCAUCUGGAUGUCAUCGUAGUACUAGCACAGAUACACUGGAGAUACUAACAAACUGCACUUCAAUUGAUCUUCACAUCAAACUCAGACAGGCUCAAGAAUUUGGAGAAAGCAAAGAGGUACAGGUUGAAAAUAUUCGAGAAAUAUUAGAGGCAUGCAACAAGCAAGACAUCUUAGUAUUUACAGAUGGGUCAUCAUUUGGAAACCCUGGUCCAACUGGUGUUGGAGCUGCUGUUUAUCUGGAAGGGUACAGCAGUCAGCCAAUCCUUUUAAACAAAGGAGUAAGCAAAAUUGGUAACAAUUUCUCGGGAGAGGUAGUUGGUAUUGAAAUAGCAAUGGAUUUUUUAGUAGAGGCAACUCACAUAAUGGAUAAGAAAAUACACCUUUUUACCGAUUGCCAAUCAGCUAUCAUUCCGGUCUUCUUCAAAGAAACACCUGCAUAUAAAGUGGAGACAAUACUGAAAAUAAAAGGCAAAAUUGGUUUACUGGAAGAUCGCCGGAACACAGCCGCGGUGCACUGGAUACCUGGCCACAAAGGUCUGAAAGGCAAUGAACUUGCAGAUCAACAAGCAAAGUUAGCAGCAAAAAGCAUGAUUGACAGUACAGAUGAAGGGACAGGAAUGUUAACCUCAAGGGAUGCAGUCAGAAUUAUGAAAGAAAAGGUUAAGCAAAAAUAG